AGUCCCCUCUCUACUAGCGUGUUGUACUCUCGCUGUAACGGAAAGAGGGUGAAAUAGCUUUGGUCCCUGUGAAGGCAUCAACUAAAACGUUUGAAUUUGUACGUUUUGGGAUAAGGAAAUAUUGACAAUGAGCGGGCUGUUAGGCGCAGUCAGUAAACAGCUCAAACACCACCCUGCAUUGAUCCCUCUCUUCAUCUUCAUUGGUGGUGGAGCAACAAUGUCCAUGAUGUACCUGGCACGUCUUGCCCUGCGCAGUCCUGACGUCUCGUGGGAUCGCAAGAACAACCCUGAGCCAUGGAGCAGAUUGGGCCCCAAUGACCGGUACAAGAUGUUUGCUGUGAACAUGGACUACGACAAGCUGAAGAAGGACAGGCCCGACUACUAGAGCCACCUCUCUGCUCAGGCACCAAUGAGUCAUGGCACUGGGGAAGCCAUUCCACACAGUUAACAGAAAAUUAUGAAUGAAACCACUGAACAAAAUAUCAGAAGCAAACCGCACAGUUGAAUCUCCUCCUAUUUUAGAUUGUAAUGGGAGAUAAUCUGUACCUGAUCGGUUAUCACUUGUCACUUUUAAUUAUUUAUGGUUGUCUGCAAAAAUCAAAUAAAGCAGGCAACCACCAGUACCAAAAUGUGGAUGUUGUUUUUUUUUUGUUGUGUAAUGAUUAUUGCCAUUUAAUGGCAACUGAAACUUUUAAUUUGUUGUAAAUAUUGUUCACCUAAUCCGAUAAAGCUGUUUAACUGUGUAAAUUGUGUGUGUAUGUGUCUGGGAACUGCAGAUUCUUUUCAUACUGUGGUAAUAGAGUCAGGUGUUGACCUAUUAAGACGAGUGAAUAAAAUAAAAUGUUCUGCUGCUUUGGUGAAGCAGCAGUGUGUUCAAGGUGGAGAAGUCACUCCAUAGGGGUUUAGAUGGACUGUUAUUGGCAAGUGGGAUUUAAAAUGUCCUAUUUUGCAGGAUGGGAAGUGUAGUGAAAGUGGCAAAAUUAAAUGGGGCUAGAAACAUU